AUGGCUAGCAGCAUGAUUGUCUUUCACCUCAUUGCCACUAUUUGCAUGUCCCUGCGAUUCUACUCAAAGCGUCUUUCAAAGACCAAGUACUUUCUUGAUGAUUGGGUGUUACUUUUUGCCUGGGUUAUAGCCACUGCCUACAUCGUCCUCGCCCUCUACGACACCAAAUACGGGCUCGGCUUCCACACGAGCGACAUCAAAAGUUUAGGCAAACAAAUUUACUUGCCAAUGUUUGACAAAAACCACAUGAUUCAACUUCCGUUGCUGUUCACGGGCAUCACCAUCUGCUGGGUUUCCAAGCUCUCGUUUUUCAUCACGCUUCUUCGGCUGGUGAGAAACAAGACGCAGAAGACGGUGCUUUGGAUCGCUAUGACCACCAGCUCCGUCUUUCUCUUUUCUCUUUCCAUCGUUCAGCCCUUUGCCCAAUGCGGGAGCGUCUUGGUCGCGCUCUUGAAUGAGGAUGAUAGUAAACACUGCGUUCCGCACAACAUAACCGUGCCCAUGACUUUGGCUGCGUGUGCUUUAGCUGCUCUUACGGAUUUCCUCUUAUCUAUGGUCCCAACACUCGUGGUAUGGAAGCUUCAAAUGCAGCGCCAGCAAAAGAUUGCCAUCAUCUGUGCUAUGAGCACAGGAUGUCUAGCCGGCAUUGUAGCAAUCCUCAAAGUCAUCAAAACCUACGAAACCUUCUUCCUCGGCCAACAAGAACUCUACGCAGCCGGCCUGGGAAUCGCUUUGAACUCGGUCGAAGUCAGUUGCACAGUCAUAGGCGCCUCGAUACCGUUCAUCCGACUUUUGGUGCCCAAGCUUACAAGGGAAAAGAAGAAGAAGAGGCAUGGUGGGGAGAUCGUGGCCAUGGAGGUUUUGCAGGAUGACAAUAAUCAGCAGCAGAGAAAGGAGGUACCUGUAAGGUCGUGGUACGGGGGAUCGAGCGGUGGUUCCACGUUGAACGGGCUGUAUGAUACCAGGUAUUCCAAGAACGAUGAUUCGGUGGCUAUUUUGGAGGUUGAGAGAGGGAUGUAG